AGCUGGUAUGAGCAGAAAGACUUUACCCUGGGCUGAGAGCUAGUGUGUACAUUUGCUAUUCUUCUCAUAGACAGCAUGGCUGGGGUAAAAUUGCUGCUUCUGUCUCUGUGUGUUGGAUACACUGCUUAUCAUUACUAUAGCAGUGAGUCCAUGAACCCAGAAUCAGUUCGAGGAAAACGUGUACUUAUAACAGGAUCCAGCACUGGGAUUGGAGAGCAGAUUGCUUAUGAAUUUGCCCGGAUGGGUGCACAUAUAAUGGUCACAGCUAGAAGACUUCAGCGUUUGCAGGAAGUGGCAAAUGAAUGUUUGAAGUUAGGAGCGGCCUCUGCACAUUAUGUGGCCUCUGAUAUGGGAAACUUGACAUCAGCGCAGUACGUGGCCCAAGAAGCAGUGAACAAGCUUGGGGGCUUGGAUUACUUGGUUCUGAAUCAUAUUGGAGGAUCUGCAUCAUUUGGAUUUUUCAAAGGUGAAAUGGACCCAGUUGUGGGAUCUAUCUAUAUCAACUUCCUUAGCUAUGUCCAGCUUACUUCUGCUGCACUCAAGGCCCUACAGGAAUCACAAGGGAGCAUUGUUGUCAUGUCCUCAAUGAGUGGUCGCAUUGGUGCUCCCUUCACUACCAGCUACUGUGCAUCCAAAUUUGCUUUGGAAGGGUUUUACAGCUCUCUCCGUAGAGAAUUUGCUCUUCAGAAUAGCAAUAUGUCUGUGACCGUGGCCGUUCUUGGAUACAUUGAUACAGAAAAUGCAGUAAAGAAGGUUGGAAAUAAAGUGUCCAUGUCAGCUUCAUCAAAAGAAGACUGCGCACGGGAAGUGGUCAAAGCAGCCGUCCUGAAACAACCAGAACUUUUUUAUCCUUACUGGGGAAUUAAGCCUUUUGUUUUACUGAGAGACUGGUUUCCGGGCUUGGUGGCAAAAAUACUUGAUAAUUUCUACAUUCUUGAAAACAUCCAGUGAAGAGUCACGAACCAGGCAAUAAAUUGUUCCUGUCCUUGAAA